CAGACAAUGACAGCCCAGUCCCGGUAGGAAGAGAAUCACAGAUGUCACGGCGGACCCGCGGUUCUGCUGUGUGAGUCAGGGCUGGAAGAGACCCAGACUCGCGGUGUUUAUUACAGCGGGCAGCCCGAGUAUGUCGGCCGCGGCUCGGUUAGCUGCAGUCGGCGGGCCGGUGUCGACCCUGUCGCGGUUCCGCGGCGCGCUGGUGGCGGCUGUACUGGGGGAUUGUAUCGGGGGAGAGUUUGAAGGAGCGGAGGAUGUUCCUCUGGACCGGGUCCUGCAGCACCUCAGCGGGGUGGAGGACGAGUCCCGGGGGGACGGUAUACUACAGUACAGUGAUGAUACGGCUAUGAUGCGCUGUGUGGCUGAUUCACUGCUGACCCGGGUGGGGUUUGAUGAGCAGGACAUGGCUCGCAGUUUUGCGAAGGAGUACAGUCUCGCCCCGGGCCGGGGCUAUGGGUCAGGGGUCAUUCAGGUGUUGCGGAAGCUCGCGUCUCCUCAGCUCAGCGACGUGUUUCAGCCGGCUCGGGCUCAGUUCGGAGGACGUGGAUCAUUUGGGAAUGGUGGAGCAAUGAGAGUGGCACCUUUCGCCCUCGCCUUCAGAAGCGCAGCUGAAGUGCGGAAAUACUCCAGGCUCGGUGCGAUGCUCACACACUCCUGCUCUUUGGGCUACAACGGCGCCGUGCUGCAGGGUCUCGCUGUCCACCUGUCUCUGCAGGGCGUCCUGUCCCUGCCACAGGAAUUCAUCAACAGACUCAUCUCUGAGAUGGAGGUCGUGGAAAAAGAGGAUUCGGCCCAGCGUGACGCUAAAGCGCUGAAUUUAGCAGAGUUUCCGUACUGCGCACGAUUACACCGAGUGAAGGAGCUGAUAGAGAGGAGCAGCGUGAGCGUUGAAGAGGUCAUAUCCGAACUUGGAAAUGGCAUUGCAGCACUGCAGUCAGUCCCCACAGCUAUCUUCUGCGUUCUGCACUGUCUGGAGCCUCGGGAGGGCCUGCCCGAGCGCUACGGUGGCCUGGAGAGGACAAUAGCCUACAGCUUGGCCCUGGGAGGAGACACCGACACCAUCGCCUGCAUGGCGGGCGCCAUUGCCGGGGCACACUACGGCAUCGAGGCGGUUCCCCGGAGCUGGCAGAUGAGCUGCGAGGGGGUGGAGGAGGCCGAUCACCUGGCGAAGCGUUUUUAUAAACUGUACCAGUCCCAGUCCUCAGGAGACGCAGUUACCAUGAGCGACAGCAACCAGCCCCAAUCACACGCCAGCAACCAGCACCCCACACACACCAACUGACCCCCCGUCAGAGAUCCGGCACAGAGGGUCUCCCUCUCUCAUAAAGCUCAAUCAUCGUGGAUUAUGAUUAUGUCUCUGUUGUUUAAAAAGGUUUACAAUAAAAGAAUAAAAGCACUUCCAGUGGUAAACUGGCAAACUG